AUGCUAUGGCGACUAGACAUCACCACCCAACCCACACAGAUUUUCGGGGGGGGGGGGGGGGGGGGAAGACACUAUAGCCAAGUAGGAAGACCACCGCCACGUUUCCGACCAUUUAUUAAAGACGACAGACGGGGUCGCCGCCCAGAAGUAUAUGCAGUGUCUGAGAAACAGCAGCCAGACAAGUCGCCUAAGAGUCGGUACUGUGAGUACCACAAAAGCAAAACGCAUGAUACAACUAGCUGUUCGGUACUAAAGAAGGAGAUGGAGGAGAAACAACUUAAGGGAGACCUGGUGGAGGUGGCGCAAAGCCUACGCGCCAAAUUCGAGGCUGAGAAUGCCAAGGGUCCACCCCGCGAAGGAGUUCAGCCCAAGGAGAUAUUCAUGAUAUGCAGCAAAAGAAGUAGGGAAGAACAACGGGGCGAGCAAAUCAUUAUUAAACCGUCAGCACGCGCGCUCACGUUCUCCAUACAAGAUCCCUGGUCGGAUGGCUGGAAAGGUGACAACCCUCUGAUAAUACAGGCAUCCAUCAAAGACCUGACUAUCCAUAGGGUCUAUGUCGACACCGGGAGUUCAGCAGACAUCAUCUAUGAGCAUUGUUUCCGGCUCCUUCCGGAUCGCUGGAAAGACAAUUUGCGACCUACGAUGGGUAGGCUGGUGGGAUUCACUGGCCACGGCCUGUGGCUGUUGGGCACGAUCCACCUCCCCUUAACAAUCACUAGCCACGACAAGCAGCGAAAGAAGACCGCCCUGAUAGACUUUGUGGUCAUUCGACACUCGGCAGAGCACAACAUCAUCUUAGGGAGGACUGCCCUCUUGAAGCUAGGGGUCGUACCUUCAACCAUGCAUGGGAUCAUGAAGUUCGACACACCAAAAGGCGAAGCCACGAUUUUGGCCACCCCGCCCACGGAAUUGCGGUGCUAUACAAUUAUGAAGCCAGCAGAAAUAACCAAAGGACCCAAGAGGCCCAGAGGCAAUCCUACGAAGGGGAAGGAGGUAAUCAAUGAGGGAUACCCUGACCAGCCGGUCAAUGUUGGGAGCGACCUCCCAAGCCACACAAGAAGAGCACUGGUCGAUCUGCUCAAACGCUACAAACAUGUAUUUGCUUGGACCCCCACGGAUAUGGUGGGGGUAGAAAGGAAGGUCAUUGAACAUAAGCUAAUGAUCAAACCAGAGGUAAAAGAGGUUAAGUAG